AUGGCAUCGUCAUUUGGACUAACUUUCGAACAUGAAAAUCUACUAUCGUCAUUGUCAUUAGAUGAUAAGCCCAAAGAGAAGUUCAGAAGUGAUGAUGAUAUCGACGCAAUGGAUAUAGAUGAUCCAAUGGAUCUUGACGAACCUGAGAUCAACCGCGAACAACCUGUUGUCGAGGAAUCUGAAGAAGAAGAGCCCCAAUCUCCAGAGCACAACAUAUUAGCAUUGAUAUCUCCGACUAUGCUAGGUGCAAAAUUAGCUGUUCAUAAACCAAAGUUAUUAAUGCCACCAUCACCAUCAUCACCACAACAAAAGAGGAAAUCAUCAAUAGAUUAUGAAUUCGAUACAAGCUCAUUCCAACCUAUACAGAAUAAUUCGUCAUUUCAAAAUUCCACAAUAACAAAAAGAAACAAUACUACAUUUCAAAAUUCGCCUGGCUUAAACGUUUUUCUUUCACCAACUAAUAGAAGCGAAACAACGAUUCCUCAAACUAUUCAUCAUCAUCAUUACUAUGGAAAUUCCAACAGAGAUCAUUAUUUAGAAGAAUUAAGGCUACAGCAGCAGCAACAACAACUAAUAAAUAAACAACUAGAGUAUGAAGAUCAUCAUAAAAGAUUGGAAUUAUAUAAGAGUCAAAAUUUUGUUAGUUUACCGGCACCAUGGCAACAAAAUAUACAUCCAAUUGAAAAAAUUCCAUAUAUAAUAUCAUCAUAUCUACAAUUAUUUAUAAAUUUUAUAAUUUCACUAUAUUUUAUUUACUUAAUUUAUUAUAUUGCAACAACAAUAAAAUCAGAUAUAAACCAUAAACUUACUAUACAAAAACAAAAUAUUCAAUUACAAAUAGAGUCAUGUCGUAAACUAUUCAUAGAGAAUCAAUGCGAUAAUCCAGAUUUUUAUAAUCUACCAUUACUUAACAAGAAAUGUCAAUAUUAUGAAAAAUGUAUGUCUCAAAAUCCGAAUUCAAUUGGUAAUAUUUCAGCAAUAAAUGCUCAAAUCUUGGGAAUGAUUUUAAAUUCAUUAAUUGAACCCUUGGGAUUUAAAUUUUUUUUAUUUACUUUAUGGUGUGGAAUUGUUAUAUUUGGUUGUAAUUUCUUAUUCGGUUAUAUUAGAGCUAAAACUUAUUAUGGUCAUUCUGAAAUAGUUAAUGAUUGA